AUCACAGAGUGGGAGAGAAAGAAGAAGAUAGUGAGAGCACUUUUUUUCUCUCUGCAAUUUUUCUCUAAUAAUUUUCUUUCAAAUUUCUCCGGAAAUUUUCCUCCAAAUUAUGAUACAUUCUGAAGAGGCUUGAGGUUUUCUUCUGAAGGAUUUUUGAGGUUUGAAUUCUUCAGCUGAUUGUGAAGAUUUAGGGUCGUGGGAUUAUGUUUCUUUGAGGCGCUGCAUUUGGAGAGAUUCAGUUGAGAUAUUGGAAGAAAUCUGAAGUAUAGAGAUCAUGUUGAAAGAUUUUAAGAUCGGAAUUGAACUCGAAAUCUGAUGAAUGAAGCGCUGAAAUGUCGUCAUUUUUACUGAAGAAUCUCUAAUUUUUCGACUAAUAAAUUGAGUUUACAGAGUAUUAAAAUCGCAAUUCUUCUCAAAUCGGUUCAUCUGGUAGCGAACCCGAUUCAAUUCGCCAUUGACGGAGCUCACAGACGAAGAAAGAAAAGAUUUUCUCAGCCAAUCGAUGGUGGUAUGAGGCAAAAUCAAAACAGAUAAGCACACUGUUGACGGAUCCUGAUUGCCAUAGAGUCUUUUCUGAGACGCUUUUCCGAGUGACGAUAGCUCCAUACCAGCAUCAAUUUCCAUUUUUGGAGUCUAAUAAAAGAGGGACAAACCGUUUUAUACAAAGGUGCCCGUGGUGUAUAUAAAAACCAGAGAUGGAUAAAAAUUCGAGAGACGGAUCACUACUGAGAUCAGCUCAGAACCAUCAGAAAGAGACGAAGUCAGCUGCUGCUACGACGUCGUCUGAUUUCGUGUUACAGUGGGGGAACCGGAAAAGACUUCGGUGCAUGAAGGUACAGAAUAAGAAUAUUAAUCAUAAAAGUAAUAAUAAUGACUCGGCCGAUUCAGUGGCGGUUCAGAGAAUUCCGGUUCGAGUUGAUCGACGGGUUGUGAGAUCUGAUCUAAAUAAGGACUCCGGCAAUCAACCCGCUACCACUAACACUGCCAAUAGUAACGGUUAUUUGAAUCUCCGGCAGCGUGGGACGUCCCCUUCCCAUCGGAAUCUCAGGAAUCCAGAGAGUACAAUUGCGAUGAGAGAAAGGAGCAACGGGUUAAGAGGGAUGGCUUCUCCGGACAAAGUGGGUGCGCACGAUAAGCGAGGUAGUGCGCACGUUAACCACCACAACCACCACCAAAACAGUAAGACAAACAAUAAUGAUGAUGCUAGUAACAACCACCAUCACCACGGUGUAGGGGGCGGGUCUGCAUCGUCGGAAACAGCGCACGAUAGCAAGAAAGGCGGAGGAGGUGGGUCUUCAUCAGGGAGCGACGCGAUUCCGAUGGUGUGGCCACCGAAGUUUGUGAUCGGCUUAACAAAUAAGGAGAAAGAGGAGGAUUUCAUGGCCAUCAAAGGGUCUAAGCUACCUCAACGACCCAAGAAAAGAGCCAAAUUCAUUCAACGCACCCUCAAUCUGAUAAGUCCAGGGGCAUGGCUUUGUGAUUUGUCCUUAGAGCGAUAUGAAGUUAGAGAGAAGAAAGUAACCAAGAAGAGACCAAGAGGGCUAAAAGCUAUGGGAAACAUGGAAUCUGAGUCGGAGUAGACUGUCUUCUGUUUGCCAAUGUUUCAUUGAGUGAAAAAAGGAAAAGGCAAAAAAGAAAAAAGAAAAAAACCACGUGAGUGCAAAUAUGAGCUGUUGGUAAUCCUCAAGAUCAAUGUACUUCUUUUUCAUGGUUUUUCCCCUUGGCAUCAAUUAUAAGAAGAAAAAAUGUUUAGCCAUAUAUAAUUUUUGCUCUA